CGCCCACAACUACUCCGCGCCCAGUCUGCCAUCUUGCUUGAUCUUCACGGCUAAAGUAGCUUAGCUAGCAAUGGCUAUGACUCAUAGUCGUAUGAGGUCUCUUGAACAUGCAACAAUUGUGGAAAGCACUACAAUACUUGUAGAUGCCAUUUCCCAAGACAUUAGCAGUAUCAGCGAUGAAUUAAUUAGCACUGGAAUAAUCCCAGAUAGUCUAAGAGAUACCCUUCGUUUGGAAACUCUAGAACCACGCAAGAGAGCAGAGAAACUUGUGGAUUUCAUAGGAGAUUACGUAAAGCAGGUUCCUAAAUUUUACCACACCUUUGUUGACAUACUCAAGAAACAAGGAGAUUGGAUUAAACAGUGUGUUGAAAAGCUCGAAGAGCGUUAUGCCGAUGACCAAAAAUUUGAAGAUACAUCACACACUUCUGAUAUUAGCUUCAUUUGUCCAUUGUGUCAGAAAUGCAGCUUUGAGGAGUAUUUAAAUGGGAAAUGCCCAAAUGCUACUAGAUCUAGUGAUGGAUCACUAACAAACUUGGCAUUCAUUGAUACGUACAAAAUGAACAAAAGAGAUACACAUAUCCUUGAAGAAAAGCUGAGUUCUGACUAUGACGAAGUCGAGGAUGCUUUUGGUAGGCUAUGUGUGUCAAUAUCAUCAUCAGACUUCCCGGACCAAAUAGAAAAUAUUAAAAUUUAUCUUCUAUCCAAAAACAUGUUUACGUCAGAUGAAAAGUCAGAAUUAAAAAAAAUUAACUCAAUGGGUGAUAUCCUGAAAGCCUUGUGUUCACGCUACUCAUUUUUUAACUAUGAGAUUAUCCAAAAAAUAAUUGAUGACUACGGUUCAGCUAAAGACAAAGAAACACUGAAACUAUACUUAACAGAAUUCAAUGAAUUUUGUCGACGCAGUGUUUUUGAAGUCCCUCCUCGUAGUAAAUUCCAUCCUUCCACAGAUGAAAACCAAACCCACAAUUUUGCACUGAAAUACCUCAAGGAACAGGUUACGAUAGACCAAACCAAAAAAGUGUGCAGAAAUAUUGCAAAAAUCAUGAAUAUACCUUGUUGGCUCUUGUACUUGCUUUCUAUAGAAGAAGGAUGUGUACUUUUAAGAUUUGGUAUUCCCAAGACUCUAUCCAAGUCCGUAUUUCCGAUUACCCGACAGCAAAAGGAGGCUCUCGGAAAAAUCCACAUAGAAGUAGUAGAAGAAGCUUCAGUACAUAUAACAGAAGAUGAAUGUCAAUUGGACUCUCCUGUUUCUAAGGCAGACAUAGCAAUCUUGGUGAAUGAACUAGUUACAAAACAAGAGGAUUUUUUAACCAGUGAAGAUCAGUUUCCAAAACAAGAACAAAUGUCAUCACUGCCUAAAUUACAUGGUGGUGAAUAUAAUUACGAGCCAGGGGGAAAUGUUGUAGAAACAUCUAAAUUUGAAAUUCAACCAUGGGAAAUAGAAAUGGAAAGGAACGUUGUAGAGUUCAUCCGUAAUACAAAUUCACCAAAAGAUGUUCGCCAUGAUUUAAAAAAAACGUUAUACCAGUUAGCUAGUGGAGAAUGGGAUGAUAAACUUCACAAGUGCUUGGAAAAGAGUGAUGCUAUCACGAUAUACAAGGCAAAUUUUGAAACAGCAAGCAUUUUGUACCAGAUAAUGAUAAGGUUUUCUGAACAGCAGACGAACAAGCUUCACUCCCUAGAAGGUGAAACCAUCCAUGCAUAUGCACAGGCACUAAUCGUUUGGGAUGUAGUUCUAAAUCAGGAUGAAUUACAUAAAUGUGCAAAGCAAAUAAAAAAGACAAUUGAAUUAUCUGCAACUCCAAUUUGCCAAAGUGAACCUCAAACAGCAGAUAGACUUAUUAUACAACCAAAAAGAUACAUUAAUUCUCUGCAAUAUACCGACAGACUUCAACAAGAAGAAGUUGCUAAACGAUUAGGAUACACACCAGAGCAAAUACGAGGUAUAAAAGAGCGUGUCAUUGGUGCGAAGAUGUACUCUGUUACUACUGAUCUUAUGCUCAGCUUUCUAGACGAUGAAAACGAAAGAAGGGACUAUCCUAUCAAAGUAACAGAGGAGGAGCAUGACAUCAUCAUGCUACCAAGCAAUAAGCCCAUCGUUGUACUAGGGAGAAGUGGAACUGGGAAAACAACUAUUUGCUUGAACAGACUUUGGCUUAACUUCAGAAAUCACAUGAAGGGAAUGACUACUAAAAUUGAUGAUCGAAAAGUAUUAUCGCCCUACCUUGAAAGUGAACGUAUUCAUCAAGUUUUCAUAACAAAAAAUCAUGCUCUUUGCGCUAAAAUGAAGAAACGAUUUUACGAUUUCGUUGCAGGCUGUCAACAUACCGCACACUACUUGCCUCAUGAAAAUGAUGCUUUACCAGAAAAGCUGUUCGACCUACAACACUUUCCAAUUUUCAUAACAGCUAAACAAUUUUUCGCUAUGCUUGACAAAUCUCUUGGGAAUGAAGACGAACGCUUUUUUAAACCUGGUGUUACAGUGGAAAGCUCAACAAACCAAGCAGACACGCGCUCACUAAAUCAGCUGUUCGAAAUUCCUCAAAACGACAGUGACGAUGAAGAUGAUGAUAAUCAAGCACGGAGAGAAAAACAAAGCAAAAAACUUAUGCCUAUGAAAGAGAUAGAUGCAGAUGAAUUUGCAACUGAGAUUUGGCCUAAAAUCUCGAAACAUUGUCAACACACAAAAAUCGAUCCACUUCUGAUAUGGACCGAGAUUGAAUCAUUCAUUGAGGGUUCAACACAAGCAUUGGAGAGCAAAGACGGUUUCCUUUCAGAGGAAGACUACCUCAAAAUAGGUCUGAAACAGGCACCUCCACUUGAGAGAGGAGAAGUUUAUAAGCUGUUUAUUGAAUACAAGAAAUGUAUUAAGCAUAAGGACAUCAGAAAACAUCGAUUUAGCAAUGGUGAAUUAAUUACGAACAUGAGCCAACGAUUACAAGAUAAGCCAUGGUCAAUACAUGAAAUAUAUAUCGAUGAAGUGCAAGAUUUUACACAAGCAGAACUCUCGGUGAUUCUUAGAUGCUGUCAGAACCCCAACAGAUCUUUCCUGGCUGGAGAUACUGCUCAAACAAUCAUGAAGGGUAUUUUAUUCAGAUUUGAAGAUUUGAGGUCAUUAUUCCAUAAUCUGAAAUGCACAGUACCUGAAGUACACAAAUUAACUAAAAACUAUCGAUCCCAUUCCUCAAUAACAGACUUAGCGUCAAGUGUAACCGAACUUCUAAAGGAGUAUUUUCGAGAUGAUUUCGAUUUGCUCUCACCAGAUGAAUCCAAUAUCAUUGGCCCCAAACCGCUGUUUAUAUGUUCCAAAACACUAUUAGAUAACUUUUUGUUAUCUCAAAGCACAAGCAAUGUUUCUUCAAUAGAGUUUGGAGCAGACCAAGUUGUAAUUGCGAGAGAUUCAAGUGAACAGGGGAAAAAAAGAAUGCCAGAUUAUCUACAAGAUGAGAUUGUACUAAAUGUCCAAGAAUCAAAAGGGCUGGAGUUUAAUGACGUACUGCUCUACAAUUUCUUCACAGACACACCCAAACAACAGAAUCAAGAUAUGUGGAGAAUAUCAGCCCAAUACCUGGCUGACCACCCUGACAAAGUUAUCCUUAAAGAAGCAGAUUCUGACAUACACCCUUUGGGCUACAAUAAAAGACGCCAUAGAUCUUUUUGUGCUGAAUUGAAAAUUCUAUAUACUAUGGUAACAAGGGCAAAACGUCAUAUUUGGAUAUAUGAAGAUUCUCCACUAGAAAAAUUGCCUAUGAUUAAGUACUGGCAAAGGAGAAAUCUAAUAACACUUGUUUCGCGUGAUGAUAGUGAGUUACCUAAACAAAGUCAACUCGAAAAAUCAUCUAUUGAAGAAUGGAAGAAGCAAGGAGAUAUCUACAUGGAGAAGAAAUUAUGGCAUGCAGCUAAAAAAUGCUAUCAAAAAGCUGGCGAGGCUCCUUUAGAAAAUAUUGCAUAUGCUCGUGCAUUAGAACAAAAAGCCCUUCGAACGAAACAGACUGAUGUUGCACAAUUUCGGUAUGUGGCUGCUUUAUUUAUUAGAUGUUCCUUGCUUACCCCACAAAAAGAGCAUGUAAAAAAUGCUGCCAUUUGCCUAUACCGAGCAAAGAUGUACCUGGAAUCCUUAAAGCUGUUUGAAAUGAUCCGAGAGUAUAAACAUGCCAUCCACAUAUGCAAGGAAUACCUGAAGAGUGAUAUAGACACUCUAGUAAGGUUGUAUGAGAAGAGUGGUAGAUACGAAUCAGCAGUUAAAUUAUGCUUACGAAAAAAGAAGCACGACUUAGCUCUAGAAAUGGCGCUCAAACACCUUCCCAAAGAUGACUGCUAUGAUCUCCUAAAAGAUAUGGUCUACAAACGUAUCAAAGUAGCGGUAGAUGGCACACACAAAGAGGACAUUCUAAGGUGUGUCGGAAUUCUACCAAAAACUACAGAGCAAGUACAUUUCCUUAAACUUGCUAAAAUGUAUGAAGAAGCAUGCGAGUUGUUACAGAGAGGCAGAGAGUAUGAAAGUGCAUAUAGGAUUUGCAGAGCACAGCAUCUGUAUACGAAAGGGAUUGAAAUCGCAGAAAAUGCAGGUCCACAUCACACCAAUACUAAGCAUUCACUGAUCUUGCUCCGAGCUGAACAUCAUAUAACCACUAAUCCAGCUCCGUGGAGUGAUGAGCAAAAUGAUCUCAAAAAACUUUUGGAGGUGAAGGAAUUGAGUCCUCGUCACAAAGCAAAAGCAUGUUUGUUAUUAUCAGUGAUGGUUUUGUGUAGUAAUGGACAGAGAGACAAUCUUCAAUAUGCGCUUAAACUCUGCACUACGGCAUACACAGCUUACAAAUCUAGUGCUAGCAGUAACGCUGGAGAAAUAGAAGCAUUUUAUGUACUCACCCAAAUAAAAGAAAGAAGAAAGGAGUACACACAAAAUCACAGCAAAAUGAUUGUUAACACUUUUACUGUACUAAAACAAAUGUGCUCUCUCCUCAAGAAACCAGCAGCUGCGCUCACACCUAAUGUAAAAGAUGCUGAGGAUUUCUAUGGUCUAGAAAAAUAUGGAAGUGAUCUGUACUAUGUAUCAAGGCAAGAAAGCGCUUUCUUUAAAUUGCAACAGGACCAAAUUAGAGAUAUUGACUCUGAUGGAAUGCUUCAACUAGAAAAGAAGCAAACUCUCAGAAUUCUUCUACAUCAUUAUGAAAACUACAAAGAUUUUUUGAUACAGUCUCUGAUUGCCUACACAGCUUCAUGGCACAAGAAAGUGAAACAGACUUUCUCCUUUCACUCUGACCUGUUAAAGACACCGUUCUAUCUGCAAAAAUCUUAUCGAAAAUAUCCAUCUGCAGAGAUAAAUCGAUACUUAGGAAUGUGCGAAAUGGCUCUUCAAAUACAUCAGAUGAAUGCUACGAUAUUCAAGAACAGUAUCGAUGUAAUUGGGCCUAUAAAACGAAUACUAUCUCCAUUCUCACAAUUAAACCUUACAUUUGAGGAACAAAACUUUCUACUUAUGGCUCAGGAGUCGAACACAAUCAAAGGCUUGCUUAAGGAGGUAGCAAUUAAGGAGCUUACAAUGAUGACUCGGAAUAUAAUUGAUACUCCUAACAUUGAUGAGUGGCUAGAAGUCUGGAGGCUCAUUUACGUACUCGGCAAAGACAAUGUAGCCAUGCUCACUUCAGCAAUCCACAAUCAAGCUGCAGCCAUCAAUGAUAGAGAAAGAACAUAUGUAGGGUAUGAUCCAACAAUACACCCACCUUCAACAUACGUACGCACCGACACGUAUUCUUAUCAGAGUAUUUUUGCCAUAUGGGAGCGGUCCUGCAAACUCUACAGAGAGAAUGGUGAUGCAUUAGUGGCCACCAGCCAUUCUUUUACCUAUUUCAUUCAAGUGAUUGCUAAUCGAAGAUGCUUACACCAAACACUCUCUUUGGAAAACCUGAUCAACAUCUUAACUAUUCAGUGUACAGCUCUCUUUGCAAUUAUAUCAGUCUCUCAAUAUAUGAAACAAAGACCAAUCACGAUUGUUAUCCCCGAAAGUUUUGAGCGGAUGGUUAAAUCAUUUGAUUUAUUCAAUUGUAUGGGACAAACCGCUUACACGGAACUGCUGCAAACAUGUACAAGCCAAAAGGUUCUUCAAGAUCCAGACCAACUAAUACAAGAUUGUACUAAGUUGCUAAUAAGCAUCCUUAAUCUGAUUACUGGCCGAUAUAAUAAAUACUAUUGCCCACUACAAAAAGCAGUAAGUCAAGGAACGGAUACAGAAGCUAUUCAUAUCAUGGUACUGGCUUUAACAAUAAUUGGAAACCUAAUAGCACAGGACGUACAGACUACUGAAAUCCAGCUCAUACUCGAUAAGAUUAUGCGUAUACUUCAUAGCCGAGGGUUACUAAGCAUAAAGUUAAAUUCUAUACAAAGUACAAAGGACCUGUAUGAUGUUGUCAUACAUCCACUGUUAAAACAGGCCGACUUACAGCUUAUGACCAUGCAAACCGUAUCUAGUCUAGGAAAAGAGCAGAUAAGAAUAAAACCAUACUUUUCACACAAAGUUCCUGUUAUAGGAUUCAAGUGGAUAGCAAGCCAUGAACUAACACAUCAAAAGGCACAAUGCAAUGAGCAAGGUGAAGUAGCUCUCUCAGAAACCAUAGAUCCCAUCUCAGCGACAAGCCCCAUAGAUCCUUGCACACAAGAAACUGUUCAAAAUCUAGAGCUAUCUGCCAAAAAUGAUUCACCUGCAGAAAAUAGUGAUGAAGAGCAUAAGUUGGUUGAUGAACUUGAAGCAAGCGGAGAUGAAGAAAGCGGAGAGGAAGAAAUGUAUUAUGUAGAAGACAUUGUGGAGGAUUUUUCAACUGCAACAGAUUCUGAAGUGCAAAGAGAUUCGAAACUUGACGUAGAUGAACAAGAGAAUGAAUUCUUGAAUGGGAAUUGCUGCAUUUUAUGUGAAGAAACAGCUGAAAAAAAUCAUUUCACAUCCACAAGUCACUCGGCUCUGAAAACGCUGUAUGGACGUUACAAGAAUGCAGAAAUGACAUACAAGUAUACACAAACGCAUUUGAAAGAGAAAAUUCUGGAAUGCCGAAUGGGAAUGGAGUAUACAGAAGACUACGAGCUUGAGCAAAAGACCCAAGAAGCUGAGCAACUGAUAAAAUCAAACAAUCAGAAUAUAACCAAAAUGUAUGAAGAGAAAGUAUGGAGAAAAAACACGAAGGAAAUUGAAAACAUGAGGGAUAUUACACAAAAGGUUAUUGCCGGUCUUGACGAUAAACGCAAGAAGAUACUAGAAAGUCAGAAACAAAAGAUGGAUGAAGUUGAUGAAGAAAAAAGUGAGGAAGACGACUACGAUGACGAAGAGCUCGCAAAAGCAAAGCUUACUUCAAGCUCAAAAAAGAAAACACAUGCAUAAUACACACACCGAUACCUUGCAGUUGCAGCUAGAUCUAUAGUAGUAUAAGGAAUUUACACCUAUAAUAAUUAUAAUUAUGCAGAUGAAAAAGCUAAGCUAGUACCCUGUUUUGUAUGUCACACAAAAACCUCAUGUUAGUUUAUAGAAUUACACACUGUUACGUAUGUCAGACAAACAUAAUUAUGUUACCUUCGGUUUAUAAUAUUAUCUGGCUAUACAAAGCUAAUUUUGUUACAGUAGCUAUAUCUACUCACCAUACAUUAUAGUGAUUUUCAAAUAUUGAUGAAAAUGUCAA